UUAAAGUGAGAGGCAUGCCCGAAAAUGUUGUCUGCAUGAUUUGUCUGCUUUAAAUUAGUUUCAUAACGUUAAGUUUUUAAGGGAAAUUUGAUUUAAUGAUGUUUAAUACUAAAUAGACGGAUAGUUUACAAUCUAUUAAGCACGUCGUCAAUUGUCCAAAAUCAUUUAUGUGAUGACAUUGAAGAUUGUUCGCGUCGGCUGCUUAACGAACCUCGUCUGGUACUCAUCACAAUGUACUGCCGUUCGAUACUUUUGAGGUUUAACUUCAGAGAAAUGACAGCUUGUAGUCGUCAAAAAAUCCAAAAUUUUAGUCCUCAAAAUCCUGUUGUCUUGAAAAAUCUUGCCUCAUGUUUAUGUACAAAAUGUCGUGGAAGUUUUAAUCGGAAGUUGGGUUAUAAUUUCAAGGUGAUCCCCUACUCAUUAUUAGGAACUCAGCAGCCCAUUUUUUCGACAUACCGGUGUUCUGGUAGUUUAUCAGAUAAAAAUAAAUCGUUAGUCAAAAAGAUAACUAUUACUGUUCCUCCUAGUAGCUUUAAGAGCAGUUUGCCAGAGGCAUUUCAGAAUGACGGAUCUCAGUUGCAUACUGUUAAAGUACCUGUCCGACUACCAAGAUUUAGCGAACGAUUAGUAAAUAAGUGUCCUCCUCACAUACAGCCAUAUCUCAAGCUUAUGCGAAUGGACAGACCAAUAGGUACAUGGUUAUUGUACUGGCCAUGCGGCUGGAGUAUUGCCAUGGGAGCACCAGCUGGGUGUUUCCCAAAUUUGGAGAUGUUAUCUCUGUUUGCCAUUGGAGCAUUUGUGAUGCGAGGAGCAGGAUGCACAAUUAAUGAUCUCUGGGACCGAGAUAUUGACAAGAAAGUAACUCGUACUCAGGACAGACCACUUGUGAAUGGUUCAAUUAGUCCAUUUGAUGCUGUGAUUUUCCUCAUGGGACAGUUGGGUGUAGGUUUACUUGUUCUUCUUCAGCUUAACACUUAUUGUGUUGUCCUAGGAGCUUCAUCGUUAGGACUUGUGGUUGCAUAUCCAUUGAUGAAGAGAGUAACUUAUUGGCCCCAGCUCAUUUUAGGUCUUACCUUUAACUGGGGAGCUCUUCUAGGAUGGGCAGCGCUCUACGGAUCUGUUGAUUUGUCAGUUUGCUUGCCACUUUAUGUAGCAGGAACGUGCUGGACAAUUUUCUAUGACACUAUUUAUGCACACCAGGAUAAAGUAGAUGAUGUACUACUAGGCAUAAAAUCAACAGCUAUAAAGUUUGGAGAUGAUACUAAACUUUGGCUCACUGGUUUUGGAGCCUCAAUGAUUGGGGGCCUAGUAUUGUCUGGUGUGAGCUGUGGAAUUGGAUGGCCUUAUUAUGCUUCUGUUGCUGCAGUUGCCACUCAUCUAACUACACAGGUUUACAAACUAGAUAUUAAUAAUCCUAGUGAUUGCGCCAACAAAUUCCUUUCCAAUCACCAAGUUGGUUUUAUCCUCUUCCUGGGAAUUGUUCUUGGAAUGAUGAGCAAACCAGACAAUACUGACAGAGAAGAAAAAGUUGUAGAGAAAUCAAAUCAAAUAGAAACUAGUAUUUAAAUCCUCUGAUGUUCAAUUUUCCUCAAACAUUAUAAAAUUCCUUGGAAAAAACUGAAAGAAAAUAAUCACAAAACCCAGUGACCUGCUUUCCAAAGUAUUAUGUUGUAAAACUUUGCUUCCAGUUUAUAGCUGGACAGAAAGCCAACUAUUGCAUGUAUGAAAUGUAAUAUUCUGUCAAAGAAUAAAACCUUAAUUUGAGCACAUGAAAA